CCGUUUAAAAGCCACGAGCACCACCACCACCACCACCACACCACCAGUCCACCACCCACGCAAACGCCAAAGCCGCACGCACACUCACACGCACGUCCAGACUCCAGAGCGAGGCACGGGAGCGCGCUCAUGCACAUCCUCCGCCUGCUCGCGGCGCGGCGUUUCCGCCGCCGCGCCGUGUCCACGAUCAGAGCGAGCGCGACGGCGCCGGCCACCCCGUGCCCGUGCGGCUACGGCGAGGACGAGGGCCCGUUCUUCGACCUCGACCUGUCGUGCUGCUCCGCCUCCGCGCCCGCGUCCAGCGCCGAGUCCAGCUCCGAGUCCGAGGACUCCUCCUGCGCCGGCGAGGUCGACUUCGUCAUCCUGCUGCAGCGGAGCUGCUCCGCGUCGCCGUCCUACGACGAGCGCCUCUCCUUCAGCCGCUGCGGGUGGGGGGGAGCGCCCCCGCCGGCCAAGUUCUGCGCGUCUGAGCCCAGCGGCGACGCCGCGCGGUUCAGCACCAGCGGGCGCGGGAAGCUGCGCACGCUGAGCUUCGGAUCCGCCAAGGUCGCCUUCUACGGCGGCCGCGCCAGCUUCUCCCGGAGCUCCAACAGCACGCGCUCGGCGAGGCUCUUCCCCGCGUAUGCGCACGGCUCGCCGGACCAAGACCAGGAGGAAGCCAGGAGGGCGCCCUCGGCCGACGCGAUCAGGCGGUGCCUGAGCAAGAUCUCGAGGCGGUUGAGGAGGGUGGCGCCUGGCGCUGCUGCUGCCGUGGACGUCCGGCUGCGGAAGAGCCGCUCGGUGUCCGCGGCGCAGUCGUCGUCGCCAGAUCGCCGGGACGACUCGCUCCUGGAGCAGCAGGACGGCAUCGCGGGCGCCAUCGCGCACUGCAAGGAGUCGAUCCACCGUGCGUCCAUGUCGGAGCGCGACUCGUCGCUGCUGCGGUCCCGGAGUGACCCAGGAACAUAACUUGCACUCUCAAAGCUAUUUUUCCCAGUGGGUUCGCAUGCUUUCCCACCCACCAUUUCGCUUCGGAAUCGUGGAGGAAGUUUCGCGCUGAAUUUCGCAAAGGAGGCAAUGAAAAACGAAGUAGUACAAAAAAAUUGUUAAAGCUUGAAGAGCAUGCGGUGGUUUAGGAAGGGAAGCUAGCUAGCGAGAUCUUCUUUUGUGUGUGAGUGAGUUCUUUUGUAAGUAGUUUAGGCGUGGGGAAAGGCCGAAAGAGCUCCUUUUAGGCUCUUUUCGCCACCUCCCACAUGUACAAGCGUCGUGCAGUCGUGCCAGUUUAAUCCUACUUUCGUUCGUUCUUUUUUUUUCCUUAUUCAUCUUUUCGCAUUGUACAAGAGACUUGUAAGCUGUAACACGACCUUUCGUGUGUGUA